CUCUCAUCAGGGCACACUUUUAGAAACUCUCGACAAGAAAUACCAACAGCUCAAAAAAGCAAAUGGAAAUGGAGGACAAAAUAGAAAGCCAGAGGCAAAGACAAGAAGACGACAAUGGUUUCAUUUCUGAACGGACAGGGUCUUUGGGAUGCCUUGGAUGGUUUAUAGUCAUUCUCUCUGGAUUCUUCACAGUUCUUCUUUUUCCCAUCACAAUCUGUUACUGUUUAAAGAUUGUUCAGGAGUAUGAGCGAGCUGUCAUCUUCAGGCUGGGCCGCAUCAUAGACAAGAAACCCAAAGGACCAGGAAUAUUCUUUAUCCUGCCAUGCACUGACUCCCUGGUUAAAGUGGAUCUGCGAAUCAUUUCAUUUGACAUUCCACCACAAGAGAUUCUAACCAAAGAUUCAGUCACUGUUAGUGUGGAUGGUGUGGUGUACUUCCGGGUCAGUGACCCCAUCGCUUCCGUGGCCAAUGUGACUAAUGCCAACUAUUCCACCCGACUGCUGGCACAAACCACCCUCAGAAAUGUCCUGGGCACCAAGAACCUAGCAGAGGUCCUGUCCGACCGGGAGGGCAUUGCUCACAGCAUGCAGUCCAAUCUGGAUGAAGCCACAGACAACUGGGGAAUUAAGGUGGAGCGCGUGGAGAUCAAAGAUGUGAAACUUCCACAUCAGCUCCAGAGAGCCAUGGCUGCAGAAGCAGAGGCAGCACGAGAGGCCAGAGCAAAGGUGAUUGCAGCAGAAGGUGAGAUGAACGCAUCCCGCGCCCUAAAGGAGGCGUCGCUCGUCAUUGCAGAGUCUCCAUCAGCUCUGCAGCUUCGUUACUUGCAGACUCUCAGCACCAUUGCAGCAGAGAAGAACUCCACCAUUAUCUUCCCAUUACCCAUGGAUGUCAUAUCUCACUUUAUGCGAAAGUGAACUUGCCUAACCAAGGCAAAGUGUGCUGAAUAGGAAAGGAUCACUAUAAGUUUUAAUGAUUCUACAGACAGUUUGUCAUGGUUUGAUUUGACUUCAGUGAUGUUUUACGGAUAAUAGAGUAAUGGAUAUGAAAAAUCAACAUCAGGAAUUUUUAAUGUGGACUGGUUCUGUUGGUGGGGGGAUUAUGUGUUUGUGUAAAACUGAAAAAAGAAUUGAUUAAUUCAUUGAAAUGGCUUUAACUGAUCAGAAAGGUUUUUUUAUUUAUGAUUAUUGAUUCAUGUUUGAGGUUAUUAACAAACAUUUUUUAACCUA